UGUAGGAGGAUUAAGAGUUAAAAGCUAGUGCUUAAGGGGAUCGGCGGAGCCAUAAAAAGAGCGAAAGGGUAUCGGAUUCCUUGAGUUUGUGAGUCUACACUUUGUUAUGGUAACAAGAAUUUCUGCGUUUAUUGUCGUCAUGUGAUAAGAAUGCGUAGCAGGAAAACAGGAAAGGACUGCAGAAUUGAGCCCAUUCAUAUGCAGUGACCAAAGUGGCAUCUGUAAUGGGCCAAUCUGCAGCAGAAGAGGGAUACAUGUGAGAAGGAUUCUGUGGUUUUCGAAAGCGAGAGUCGAGUAAGAGGAGGAUGAGCCAUGGAGGGAACCACUGAUCACGGCGAAGUGUUGACGAGGUUCGAGGAGGUCUUCGGGACGCUGGUGGAGCAUGAGGUCAUCAAGAUGGUCCUUCAGGGGUGCGAGUGGGAGACGAGGAAGGCCUCGGAGACGCUGAUGACCAUGAUAGACGAGAAUGAUUUGCCGCCGCACAUCCUCGCGGCUGUCCUGGCUGACAAUGUGGUCAGGAGAACAUCUGAGCCCAAAGAACCAGCGCCACAGGAUGAGGUCAGGGCUGAGGAAGUGCCUGAGGACAAGGGAGAGGUGAAUACUAGCGUCUCCCAAGAACAGGAAGUGGAACCAAAUUUACUCAGGAGUAACUCAUUGAAUGGACUAAUGGGAAACAAAAGUGUGUUGACUCCCCUAGCUUGGGCACAUGGAACAAUCAUAGGAGAAAGCAGUGAGAGGAAUCGGGAAAAGCAGGAGUCUGGAAGUCCGUCGGUGAGACCCAAAAUCAGAAGGGAAAAAGAAAUAGAAAGUGAUGUCUCAUCACCUUCUAAUUCCCCGCUCAAGAUUAAUGCUGCUGAGAGCAAUGAAAGCAGCUGCAUCAAAGAUACCUCGCAGUGGGUGUUAGCCCCAGAAUUCGUGCCCAAUGCUUUUACACAAACAGCAUAUAGUGGGAUUUGGCCUCUGAAGGUGCCAGUAAAUCAGAGUAUGACACCUCCUGCCCAACCUUGGACUAAUGUGAAAGAGCAGUCACCAGUUCGAGCAAAGAUCAGCAAGAGAGAAGAGGUUGUUAAUAAGAUUGUGAGUGGUGUGAAAAUAAUGGUUUUGAUGCGUGGUUUGCCAGGCAGUGGAAAGACAACUCUAGCCAAAAUUAUUAAAGGCCGUUCAGGUGUAAUUCUCUCUACAGAUGAUUUUUUCUGUAAUGAAGAAGGUGUGUAUAGGUAUGAUCCGCAUCGGCUCCCAGAAGCACAUGGUUGGAAUAAACACCGGGCUCUUGUGAAGGUACAGGAAGGCAGAACACCAGUAAUCAUAGACAAUACAAAUGUACAAGCUUGGGAAAUGAAGCCAUACAUAAUAAUGGCUUUGCAUCAUGGUUAUGAAGUUGACAUUUUAGAGCCAGAGACAGGUUGGAAGUUCAGCCCCAAAGAACUUGCAAAACGGAAUAUACAUGGGGUCCCGAAGUACAAGAUCUCAGAAAUGAAAGAACACUAUGAUAGUAACAGUAGGAUUUUGAAUGUUAUUUCAAACUUGAAAAGUGCCCAAUCAAAUAGUACCAUUAAAAAUGAAAACUGUGAUAAUACCUUGGAAAAGAAAAAUGUUGAUCCUAAUCUGCCUCUGAAAGAAGGAGAAAUUGUUGUGCACAAGCAAGUGGAUCUGCACCUUUCUCCAAGUCAGAAAAUUCAGAACGUAGUGGAAGGAUGUGAAGAUGAGGAUGCUGAUGUUAUUGUUGAAGGCUAUGAAGAUGAGGAAGAAAUUGGCACUGUACAAAAUCAACAAAAUAGCCAGAUUGUGGAAGAUUGUCAGGUGAGAAAUAAAGGAGGCAGAGAAAAUGUUGAUGUUAGUGGACCUGAAGUAACUGUGAAAACAACUGGGGAAGAAAAUACUGAUAUAGAAAAUGAUAUGAAUAUUGAUGAAAAUGGUCUUGUUGAUAUGACAGAUGAAGACAGAAUAAAAUUCCUUAUUGAGGAAGCAAAUAAUGAUGUUGAUAAUAUUGAAACUGACUGGGAUGACUUGGCUCUACAAGCAUCAUGUGAGGAAGAAGUAGAUGAUACAAAAUUUAAUGAUUUGGUGACAAGUUUUGGAUCUGCAGUAAAGCAACAGUUAGAAAGAGGUUCCCAGGUGAAUGGAACUGAAACUCCUAUCAUUCAUAACUUAGAUGAAGAAGAUUCAGCUAUGUAUGAAUUUUGUAGUAAUGUAGAAGAGAGACUUGGAAAACCCCUUUCCACACUAGUGAGACCAGGAAAUGCAGAGGAUUAUUCUGCUUUACUUUCUGUUGGAAGUGAUCAGAUAUCUGAGAAUAGAACAAGUGAUUCUCAAGAUUUAAGUUUAUUCUCAUUGAUUAGCAUGAGUGAGGCAGUGGUUUCAUCUACAGGAGCAACUGAAAAUGUGCAGUUUGAGAAACGAGAGGUUGACACAAAAAAUAAAUCUGUUUUAUCUAGUAUUGAUAAGACUGGGUUAGAAGAGAGUGGAGGUGUGACUGGCUUAACAUACCAGCAAGAUAAGAUAAAAACAGCAGGUCAUAAUGAAAGUAAACAGUAUGUAGAUUUAAAUAUCCCUUUAGAAAAUGGAACGGAAAAUCAGUAUCAAGAUUUAUUGGACAGUGAUAGAAAUGAACUUUCUGAACUUGAAAACAGAGUAGAAAAUAGUGAACAAGAAAAGUCUCUCAGCAAUACUUUAUCUUCUGAAAGCACACAAACCUUACAAACUCCAGGAAGUGAUACAACAACAGUAGGGGAAAGUUUUACCUCUUGGGAGUGUGUUGAUCCAGAUGCAGGGGUGAGCUCUGUCAGCUGGGAAUCACAAAAAGGUAAAUCAAGUGAUUCUGAUGAGCAGUGUUCUAAGCCCGGUCGAAGUAGAAGGAAACGAGCAGCUGGUGAUCCCCUGAAAUGGCUGAGAGAAGAAGGGAGUUCAAAUUCAAAUGGGGAACCCAGUGAUGUGUCAUGGGAGCCAGUCCAAGGAGGAGUCACUUCAUGGGAUAAUCAGGAAAAGGACAGUAGGGAAAAUAAACUUUCAAAUAGAAAAGCUAAGACAGUGCAUGAUAACUCAGGACCUCAAGCUCAUACUGGUGCUGUUCCCAAGCUUCGCAGACAUCAGAAACACACACGCACACCAUCAAUGACCAGUAAUAGUUCGAGUCAGUCAGAUGAUCAAAUUGGACGAGAGAGAGAAUCCCCUGUCAGUGAUAGCCAAAGUCUUCCCCAGAAUGUUACGUAUGCAGAGAGUGAAACACAGACACUGUCUAUUGAUUUUGAAGCUUUGCAGUUAGAUAACAACUUGUAUGAACUAAAAGUGCUGUAUGGGCAGCCCAACUAUAAACCAAAGAGCUCAAGAGAUAUGCUCCUCACUGGAACAGGUCCCCUCACUAAGGGGAGACUCAGGCUUGAUAAAGGAACAAUGACAGAAGAAGUGGCUGAUAUUGUUGUGGUCAAACCUUUGCAGAAUCUUUCUGCAUUUUUCCCCAACAUCCCAGAAGAAGAUUUACGUGAUGUACUUCAGAAGUGCAAGUAUGACUUGGAUUGGGCAAUGAAUGUAUUGUUAGAUAGUGGAUAUGAAAUGUCAGCUGCUGCAGAAAUAGAUACAAGUCAAGAAGAGCCACUAGAAGCAGAUGUAGACACAGAAUCUGUGGUAGAGACAACAAGCACAGGCGAUGGAAAGGAUGAUAGGUCAUCUUUUGCAGAUUGGAGUGACACAUCAGAUAUGUUAGUAGAAGACCGUUCAAGGAAAAUGAAGCAGAGCCAAGAUCCUAUUGCUCUGACCAGCAAGAAGGAGAUAGAGGCUUCCUUUGCCUUGUCAGAAUCAGUUGAUGAUAGAGUAAAAAGGUUAACUGGUAAAGAGUAUAAUGAGCUGAACACAAGCAAAGUGAAACAGGCAAAGAGUAAGAAGAAGCAUGGAAACAAGAAAGACAAAUCAGCCAAAACAGAGACUUUAAAUGAAGGAAACAAAGGGGAUAAUACUGGAGCACAAUACAUAACGCUUGUGAUGGACCCUCUUUUUGCUUCUCAGCUUACAAGCAUGUUUGGUAGUGUAGGCUCUUGUAUCAUGAAUGGAGAUUUAUCACCUGAGGAUCGUAGUGUUAUUUUACCCCUGGAGUUGUGUCAUCAGAUACACAAGUAUUGGGCUGACACACUUGAAGGAAAAUUCUCUCAUGAAGCAGAGGUAUUGGACAGCCUAAUAAGAGAAGAUGAAAAUCUUGCACGGCGUCUGCAAGAUGAAGAAGAUGCAGGAACCUCUUCAAAUCAUGAGGAUAAUAAUUCAACUUGUGCUUUCAAGCUAGAUCCACCAACAAGUCUACGAGAGAUCAUGGACCUGGAGCAAGCAAUACAGGAGAGUCAAGAUGGAGAGGCAAAUAUAGGUGAUCCAUCAUUAUCUUCACGCCUUAAUCUGCAACGACUUUAUGCUGAAUAUCCCCAUGUUGAUCCAGAGGCCCUCAAAGAGGAGUUCACAAGAAGUGGCUAUAAUUAUCGUGACACAGUAGAGAGGCUAUGUAAUCGUUAUGGGGCUGAGCAAGGAGCACCGAAGACGGUCAUUGCACCAGAGGCUAUGUACAGAUACGAACAACAGAUGAUCUUGCAAGCACAAAAGGAGAGCUUAGACUUGGAAGAGAAGGCAAGGAGAGAAAGGGAACAAGAAGAGGAAAUCCAGCCAGAUGACCCACAGGUGUACCGUGACGAAGCCCAGAUGCACUACCAGCAGAGACAAGAAGCGUUUAGAAAGGCACAGGAGGCUUCGCGGCAGGGCAUGAAGGCAGUAGCUGCCUAUUAUGCUCGCAUAGGGAACCUUCACACAACGAAGCUCAUUGAGGCAAACAAUCGAGCCUCCAAGAAGAUUUUAGAAGCUGUCAAUGCAAAGAAGAAAGAUGCAAACACACUAGACCUGCAUCUCUUGCAUGUGAACGAGGCUCUGGGUGCCACACAAGCUUUUCUGAAAGAGAGAGAGCGUGUUUUGACUACAAUGAGAGGCGUUAAUCAAAUGCAGGUGUUCCUGAUAACAGGUCGUGGCAACCACAGCAUUGGAGGUCAAGCAAGAUUGAAGCCAGCAAUAAAAGACUUUCUUCGGGGUAAUGGGUAUCUUUUCCAUGAAGCAAAUAGUGGAAUGUUUGUUGUAACGCUUAGGGCAUAGGUGACAGUAUUAAUUAGGUUGGGAUUUUUUUUCAUCUAGAGAGAUUUGAAUUUUAGAAAAAGUUAAAUUCUAGCAUUAAAGAUGGAGUUUCCAAAACAUGGCAUUUUCACAAGAUUCCUGUUGAGGGAAUGUAUUUAGAGUGUGGUUAGUGUGCCUAUGCUGAAUAUAAUUACAAGUGAAAAUUAGGUAGAUUAUUUUUCAUUUUUAAAAAUAAUUUUUAUCAUUUUUAUAAUUAUUUUUCAAUCUCAAUAGUAAUGCGCAGGGCUCUGAUAAGCGCAUAACAAUGUUGACUGCUUUGAGUGAUAGUUUCUUGUAAUAUAAAACCCUUAAAGAGUGAUUGAAUUUUUUGAACAAGACCUUUUUAGUGAUGUUUGUAGGUGCUGAUUCAGUUUGUGAUUAUCACAAGAGGGAGUGUGUUAUUUUGAAGG